AUGUAUACACAGGUAUUCAUGUUCAAGAACGCAGAGAGCGAGAUCAAGGCAAGCAAUUUCACCUACAUGUUUUACCCGAUGAUUGUUACGAGUGUACUGAGCUUGUUGUCCAAUAUAUCCUUUCCCAAGACAGGCCGUGAUGUAUACUUUCGGUCGGUGGAUGAAGGCCUGAGUAUUUUAUCGGAUUUGUUCAAGCUGGUUGCGCACGACUUUGAGGCCGAACUUCGAUUGUGGUUUUCGCGUUCACAUACAGAGUACGCAACGAAUGGCUGUGCUGCAACACCCCCUGCUUUCAAACAGACGUCUGCCUUUCUCGCAAAGCGAAAGCGACUUGAGUCAUGCAUAGCAGUUAUCAGUGGCGCUUUGGCAGCGACAAGCCACGAAUUGUCAUGGUGUCGCGUGCCUGUACACGCUGCUGGAGAUUCACUUAUAUUUCUGCAAAACAUGUCCGCUUGGAUGAACUGCGGAUUUGGAAUGAUGCUGGAGAAGGAUGAGUGUGAGUAUCCUAGCUCAACUCAUGACCCUGUCAACAUAUUUAGUAUGUCAGACAUGGACGGAGCCGAUGCAGAAGCAACAAGAGCGGGAGAAACAGACCAUACCUUUCCACCUGUCGCACCAAUGCCCUUAUCCUGGAGCGAGCUGGCGUACGAAGCAUUGCUCAGCGCACAUGGCCCUUAUACGUUUCUGAACGGACAGGUGACUGAGGCGUUUGCAUUGCUUCGAGUGGUGAAUAGCAUAUGCUACGGAGUGAAGCCGAAGCCAACCACGUCCGUGGCAGAGGCGCUUGCCCUGUCGUUGAGCAAACAACCAGACGAGCAGAGUCCGUGUGCAAUAAUUGAGCACCAUCAGGAACAAAUGCGCAAUUCCGUCGCUACUUGCACAAAAGCGUUACACACCGUUCUAAAAGAACGGCAAUAUCCCAACGUGGACAAGCACGACACGAGACGGUACGAAACAGCUAUCUUUCGGUCCGAGAUGUAUGGGCUUUCGCUUUUUGCUGUUUCCUUGACCCAGCUCGCUAACCACACAGCGUCCAUGCUCGACGAGGCCAAAGUGUCGAUAAAGUACUACGAAGAACAUUCCUUUGCACGCCCGCAUUUGUCCUACAUUGACUUUUGGAGUUGGCUGAGGACGACAAGUGGGAUCGGUCUUUUCGGUAUCACAAAUAUGGACGAUGCGUUUGUGUCUGACAACGAGAAAGUAGACUCGCCAGCUGAAAAAGACGGUGCCGGUAGUGAGAACGACCCCGAUGCUCUCCUGUCAAAGCUGUUCAGCGACUUGGGUGGAAAUAACAGCGCUUACAAAAUUUAUGCGGCAAACGUUGCCAGGGCAAGCCGGCGCGACGGGGUACAUUCAGGUGAUCUUGGUAUACGACAACGCUGGCAGCAUUUUUACCAAAGCUUUUUGCGCCUCGAGUUUAUCGUUGACCUGCGUAUUCGCACCUCGUUCGCCAUUCGGGCCGUGCGCCGUUCACGGCAUCUACGCUAUGGGUUGAAGCUUGCCAGUGGCGUACUAUUACUCUGUAUGCCUUUGCUCCUGGACCCGGCUCGGAAGGACUGGUGGAUUACGUCAAACGGCCAAUGGAUGGUGAUUUCCUUUAUUUGGUGUAUGGAAUCGUCCACGGGCGACUCGUUCCGUAUUUCCAUUGCCCGUCUUCUCGGAACGGUCUGUGGCACUAUUGCGGGACUGGUUGUGUACGAGAUUUCCCGGGGAAACCCGUACGCGCUGGCAGUGCUGCUCAUUGCACUCGAAAUCCCAAUUUCUCUUAUCCGGCAAAGGACGCAUUACAAACCGUUUGGCGCCGUUAUGGGACUGACUGUCGCUGUCGUCACCAUGGUCCCGUAUCUUGGCAAUAUGAAGGACAGUGCGGGAAUGGUUGCAGUCAUUCGUGGGUAUAUGAUUUGCAUUGGCGUUGUUUCUGCCUUGAUUGUGAGCACUGCGGUAUGGCCGUAUCACGCACACGUGAAUCUCGGCAAGAAAAUUGCUAAUACAACGACCAUGCUGCAGACACUGUACCUCGGCCUUACACGUCACUUGUUUUACGUUGGCUUCCGCAAUUCGGAGAAAUCUAGGAGCCGGUUCACAAAUUUUGAGCGACGCAUCGCUGCAAAUCUGGACCAAAGCAAAGCAUUGUGUGUUAUCAUGAACAAUGAAAUGAGCCUUGUGCCAAAACCCAUCGCUGUUUUAAAGCGCGCAUUGCUUCGCUUGAAUAACGUGUUUUGCUUAUUUGUUGGCUUGCGCAAGCUGCGCGAGCUUGGAACGAAUGAAAUAUACUUGAAUGCCGUUACAGACAUGGUUGAUUUGCGACAGGAACUUGCAUCGAGUAUCAUCUUGACGUUAUGGAUCAUUGGGCAAUCUCUCAAGUCCCACGCGCGGUUGCCGCAGUUUCUGCCUUCGAUGCAGCGUGCACUUGAGGAUUUGACCGAAGCGUUUGCAAGGAUCCAUGGCGACCGCGCGUACGUGCGUACUGAUCAUGCACAUGGUCUGGAUUGUUGGCGCGGUGUGUUUGAUGCUCCGCAUUACCAGGGGCAUGAUUCCAUUUUGCAUUUGUGGCCUACGCCACCGAGUGCGUCGACGCCUGUGAAUGCUGUGAAAAAGGCUGCCGAGCACAAAAAAGGGAAAGGCGCCGAGUCCAAUGCGUUCAGUACCGAUGCGUUACUCUACGUUCUUGCUGAACACAUGCUACUUGCACAAGUGGUCGCGGACAUCGAGGCGCUUUUGUAUUUGACACGGACACUUCUGGGCGAGCUGAGCAUUUUAAAUGGGAAUGCUCCAUUUGCUGAGGAUACAUGGUAA